AGAACCACGAACCUUGAGCUCCUCUAUCCUGAGAACUUCUAGUUUCAAUCUUCUUAAGCUAUUAUAGAGGACCGAGGUUUAUUCUGAAUUUCAAAACGAAUCACUGGUGCAUAUUCCUCUACAUGUGUGGACAAAAACCAUUCUGAAAUGGAAAGUCAAACAGAUUUGUCUCGAAGAGAAAAGAGAAAGGCUGCAAAGAAGCUGAAGAGGAAGCAGAUCAGAAGAGAGGCUGCAUUGAAGGAACGAGCAGAAGAAGAAGCUAGAUUGAAUGAUCCGGAAGAGCAGCUUCGUAUCAAGUUAAAAGAGCAGGAAGAGGCUGAGAUCUUGGAAAGACAGAGGAAGGAGUUUGAGGAGCAUGAGAAGCUGUGGCUAGAAACAGCAAAGAAAGCUGAAGAGGAAGCCCAAAGAAGGCUACUAGAAGAGUCACAGAGAAAGCAGGUUGAGCCUGAGAAUGAGUUGGAGGAAGAUGAUGCUUGGGAGUAUAUAGAAGAAGGGCCUGCAGAAAUUAUCUGGGAAGGAAAUGAGAUAAUUGUCAAGAAGAAAAGGAUAAAAGUUCCUAAGAAAAGUGCAGAUGAAAAACGCAGAGAAGAGGAUGCUGACAGACCUACAUCAAAUCCCCUUCCUCCACAAUCUGAAGCUUUUGCUGCAUACAGGAGUACACCAUCUUCUUCUGCACAAAAUAUGCUUGAGAGUGUUGCUCAACAAAUCCCAAACUUUGGAACUGAACAGGAUAAAGCUCAUUGCCCAUUCCAUCUAAAAACAGGAGCUUGUCGUUUUGGGCCGCGUUGCAGUAGAAUUCAUUUUUACCCGGAUAAAUCAUGCACUUUGCUUAUCAAGAACAUGUACAAUGGACCUGGCCUCGCUUGGGAGCAAGAUGAAGGGCUUGAGUGUACAGAUGAAGAGGUUGAACGCUGUUUUGAAGAGUUCUAUGAGGAUGUGCACACAGAAUUCUUGAAGUUUGGGGAAAUUGUGAAUUUCAAGGUGUGCAAAAAUGGAUCAUCUCAUUUGCGUGGGAAUGUUUAUGUGCACUAUAAGUCCCUGGAGUCAGCUGUUCUUACUUACAAUUCUAUAAAUGGUCGCUACUUUGCUGGCAAACAGAUAACAUGUGAGUUUGUUGGUGUGACGAGAUGGAAGGUUGCAAUAUGUGGGGAGUACAUGAAAUCUAGGCUUAAGACAUGUUCUCGUGGAACAGCCUGCAACUUCAUCCACUGCUUCCGUAAUCCUGGUGGAGACUAUGAAUGGGCUGAUUGGGAUUACCCACCCCCUAGGUACUGGGUGAAGAAGAUGGCUGCUUUGUUUGGUCCUUCAGAUGAAUUUGAGUAUGAUAGGGAUAUAGAGCCAGAAAGUCAAGGGAAGCAGCGGAACACCGGCAAGCACGGGUGCCACUCAAGAAAAUUGAGAUCAAAGGACGUUGACUGGUCCUAUAGUGGUUCUGGUAGAGAUUACUCUGAUGAAUACAGUUUCCAGAGAAGCAGCCAUUCAAGUAGGCAGUCCCACUUGGGUAUUAUCAAUAGAAAAGAAAGAAGCUUCUGCAGUGAGGACAGACGGUGCCAAGAGAAUAUAAAAUUUGAAGACAAUCGGCGAAAUGAUAAGACUGUUGCCUGUGAUAAUGAUUCUGGGGAAGAUCACUCUGACAGGGAUACAGGAAAAGGGCAACGGUAUAGUCGCUCUAAUAGACGCUCAAGUUGCCACCGAAAACGAGAGGAUCUUCUUGAUGAUCGUAGAAAAGUUGCAGGAAAGCAUAGAUCUGAUGAGCCUGAAAGAUAUGAACGAAAAGACAAGUUACUGAGUCAUGAUGCCCACAGAAAAUAUUCAGAUCGACAUGGACUCCGAAACCAUGGUUACUCGAGCAGCAGCUGGCACUCUAGGGCACGGACAGAGGAAGCAGAUUCCCAUGAUGAGCACAGUAAGUCAGAAGACAGUUGUGAGUUUGACAGUCCUGGCCAGUAUGAUCAGAGAUGGAAAUCGCACGAUCAGGGCUCAAGUCAUUACUCUGAUGAGACAAUAGAUCGGCAUAGUGGGGAAACGGAAACCAGAUUCUUUGAUGAACACGAAGAAGUCACAAGGGAGUACAGUUUUGAUGAGAAUGAAAAAAAUUAUGGAAGAUACAAGUCCAGUGAUAGUUCUGGUGGGAAAACCAAUAAAACCAGAUCCAGAUCGAGGCGAUCAAGCCACAGAUCGCACUCGGCUAGCCAGGUGGAAGGGAGAGAUUCUUCUGAUGGGGAAAAGAAAUCUGAAGAGAAUUUUGAUCGCUGGAAACAUCGGAAGAACCAGUCUAAUAAUCAAGAACUAUAUAACAAGAAAAAUAAAUCCCAGAAACAAGAGACUAAUGAUGAGACUACAUCCUCCAUAGAAUCUGUGGAAAAGUCAGGUUGUGAACAGGAAGAAUCAUGUAAUCUUGAAAGAUGGAGUCCUAGUCAUUGCAGUCCCUUUGAUCCCCACAAAUGUGGGGAUGGGGUUGUGAAGUCUGAGGAUGUCGAAGAUUGGAAGAACCACAGAACUAGAAGAAAGAGAAGACAUCACAGGGAAGAAGAAGAGUAUGAGAAGAUACAGAUCAUGGAGGAUGGACCAAAUAUUGUGUGUGGUGAUAGUGUGAAGCUGAAGAGAGCUUCUAGAAAGAGAUCAAGAAGUCGGUCACCUGUUCAAGACUCAGGCAGGUCAAGAAGAGAGAGGAGUUGGCAUAGAGGUGAGGAAUCCUAGUCCUACUGGAGGUUGUUGGCAUUUCUUGUCCAACU